UAUAUACAUUUGCCCAUUUAUUCAGGCCUAUAUAUAAGGUUCCCAAAUGAAGAUUUAAUUUUUUCAAAGAAAUCAUUUUCCCAAUGGUUUCAGAAUGAGAUACUGAUGCUUAAUUGUGUUGUAUCAUUAUUGCAUAAAAACAUUUCUAAACUCAUGAACAACAAUUAUUAAAUUAAAAAUAUGAGGAAAUGGUAAUUGCUAUUAAUAAUGUUUGAAAAAUGAAGAACAAAAACAAGGCUUUUGAAUUUGUAACAUUUUAGAAAGCAGCAGAAUCAUUCAUAAAAUAAUGUAUUACCAUUAUGCACUUAGCAUUACUGUUCUCUGCUGUUCUAAUUCUUAUGCAACAACAGCAUCUAUUUGUUAAAAUCAGGGCAAUGCUAAAUACAGCUGCAUGCUAUUUUUUGCUUCUCCUUCUCCUAAACAUUGCUGUAUUAUUUAACAAAACAUAAUUUUCAUUGUAAUAUAAAAUUAACUGAAUUUUGCUAUUUUAAACAUACAUUUUUUUUAUUUUUGACAGGCUGUUUUAGGUUUAUACUUAGCAUUCAAAAUUUCAAAAUGUUUAUUGGUAGCUUUUACAUUGUUGUUGAAUUAUUGGCAGGCCAUCCUUCCUGAAGGACAGGAAUAUCAUCUCUGCUGGUAUUCAGCAAUGGGUGAAGGCAAGUUUAAGUGUGAAAUAAGACUGCCCAUCACUACUGCAGAAGAUGCAAGAGCUUGGUUUGACCAACACAAGAAAAAGGCCCAGAUUACAUGGCGCGUAAGAACAACUGCCCGAGUUACUGGGAAAGGAACCCUACUGAAAACCUAUUACAGGUGUCAGCACAAUACUUUACCAAGAAGUAAAACAGCAGAUGAGAAGCCAAACUCCAAAAAUACAAAUUGUCCCGCUCAGAUGACCUUGACAGUCAAAGCAACUACCAUGAAAAAAAGCAGUGACCAUCAUUUGCCAGCUUUGCCUAUGAUUGUGCAUAUUGAGCAUGUGCAUAAUCAUCCAAUCACAGGCAAUGCCAAAGUAAUGCAGCACCAGGAUGUCUCAGAGGACACAAUUCAAAAAUUCAAAGAUUUGUUUGCUAGAGGGCACACUCCAGCAUCUGCUCUCAAUAUGCACAAAUUUAAUCGUCACAUGGGGCACCCAGACAAUUACAUCUAUUUGGCCUCUGACCGUUCAAUUUGUCCAGACUUGAGUUUUGUUUACAAGUAAGUAAAGUCUCUUGUGAUACUACAUUAAGUGCAUCAUUCAUUGAACAUUAAAUGGGCUACUCUUUAAUGUUGCAAUGCACAAGGUUACAUUUUCAAAUAAGGUCAUUUUUUUGUGUUUUCUGUUGGAAAGAAGCAAUGUAUAUGGGGUCAAAUUAAAUGUAGCAACUUAUCAUGGAUCAUAAAGUUGUAAUACAAGUUAAAACUGGAAUAAGAUUGAGAUUUUUCCUGAUAGGCCUCUUGGUACCAAAAUUAUUCAAUUGUCCACAAGAAGUGAUGGUUACUUCCAUUUUUAGUUUAAACAUUAGUUUAAUAAAAUAAGUCCGCGAGACAAUGCAGUGUUCAGAAGUGACAAUUUAAUUCUCCCAGAUGCUAUUCUCAAUUUAAACAUGCACAAAUAUGCCUUUUUUUCCAGACUGUAUGCCAAAGUUUUCCAAAAGAGCUAUGGUGCAGAUUCAGGACAAGGUCUCCUGACUGCUGUAAAUAGUAUGAUUGAGAACUAUAACAAUGAACAGAAACUGAAGUGUGCAUCAAUGGAGCUCAUUAAGGACAAGACUGUGAUUGCUGUGUAUACUCCUUUAAUGAGGCGUAUUAGUGAGAAGCAUAGGGCCAGCUGUGAACUAGUUUUCAUUGAUGCUACAGGAUGAGUAGACCGUUACAACUGCAGGGUCUUCCUCCUUCUUACACACAGUCCUGCUGGAGGUUUGCCACUAGGGUGCAUUAUAACCACCUCUGAAUCAAGAGAUGCCCUAGAGCUAGGCUUUGACUUGUACAAGAGGCUGCUCUCA